ACAAUUCUCUCGAUGUCAGACUCAACCCUAACCUUCUGGUGCAUCGUUGCUGGAGCACUAGCCUUGUCAUAUGGUUAACCCGCGAACCUGAACUCGAACCUUGCUAGAGCAAGAACUAUUGGCGACGAAGAGAGUGGGGCGACGGCACCUAAACCUGAACUAGAGCGAUUGAGAAAGAAGAACCAGGGAAAGGAGGCUCUACUGCUCUCAUCUUCCUCUGUCGUCUUCAGCGUUUCGGCCUCCAUCCACGAUAAGAAUAUUGGUUGUCAAAGCUUCAGUAGUGUGCAUCGGUUCUUAUGCUUUUCAAUUGGUGAUGGGGGUUAUGGAGAAUAUGCUGCAUUCAAAGUCAUUAACCAUGGUUACAUCAACCAAUAACAGCAAUAACGAUGAAAGAUUUGGGAAACCAUCAAUGGAAAAUGGGCAUUGCAUUGUUCUUACCCAGCUCAAUUUUAAGCGUCGAAAAGUGUCUGCCAUUCGGGAUUUUCCUGAAGGUUGUGGACGGUUUGUGCCUAGAAUUGAUUUAACACCAAAUGUAAAUACUACUAACUUUGGUGUUGAUGAAGGUAUAGUAGAUGAGGAUAAGAGUGGUGAAGAUUUAAAGGAUGGAUUAGCUAGAACUUCCAAGCUUGAGGAUGAGUCCCAACAUGCUAUGUUUCCUACUCAGACUCUCCGACAAUCCAAUGUCUAUAGUCGGAAGAAGGAAAUGUCAAUGGUCUCAUCAAAAAUUGUGGAUGAGCCUCCUUUGACGAAUGAUGAAACUGUAAAAAUGGGGUUGGUUGGUUUGGAAGACUUGGAAUUAGGAACUGCAGAAGGGGUAAAAUGUGAUUCUUCUAAAACGUCAAAAGACUUGCAUAAAAAUGGCCCUUCUUCUUUGGUAGGUGAGGUGGUUCUAUUAAAUAGUAAAUUCUUGUCACCAAAUGUAAGCUUGGCUGAUUCUAUUGAUUGUUUGGGUAAGAGUGUAACAAGAAGGCAUUUUCCCCAAAGAAAAGUUUCAGCCACUAGAGACUUUCCUCCUUUAUGUGGACGAAAUGCUCCACGCCUUGGUAAGGAUGGGUGUUUAGAGGAGAUCUCUUCUCAAGAUAAAAAAAUCAAGGGUCAACUGGACUUGGUUGUAGAUGACAAGGAAGUGAAAAAGGUUGUCGCCUCUAAUGUGAAAGAAAAGGAAAAGAACGUUGAAUGUGGAGAUGCUUGCAAUCUAGUGAAUAUAGUACAAGGUGAUUUUGAAGGGAAUUUUAUGUGGAGAGUGAAUAAGUUAGAUGAACUUGGAGCAUCUUCUGACAUGAAAUUGCUACCAGAAGAUUCAGGAGAUAAGCACGUUGCACUUCCUGAUGAUAGCAAUCACAAUCAAGUAUUAACAAGUACCCCAACUGUAGUUGAAGAAGAAAGUAGAGAUGCUAUACAGCUUGAGGAAACACUAGGAAAGGAGAUAGUAGUUUAUUCAGGAGCCCAAAGCCUUGUGGCAGAGCCUCUUGAUACAUCUUCUUGCCAUCAUAAGCCAAAACGAGAUUUCAAUGAAUUGCAAGCUCCAUCUAGCAGGAUGGUUGUCCUAGGCUUGAUGUCUGAAUCGACAUGUCCUUGGAGGAAUAAUCUAGGUUCUUCCAAAUCUGGUAUGUUGGGUGGUAAAAUUGGAGGAAAGCGAAAGAAAACUGAUUUUUUUGCACGGUUUGAUAGGUCUAAGGUUGCUGCCAAGUCUAAAGACUCACCAAAUUGUCUUGGGAAGAAGCCUGUAAUAAAGAAAAAAGGAAGUCGUGCUGCUGAAGGUAUGGGUCAACUAGUAGUUUGGGAGAAUAAAGAUACUCUUGACUCAGAUAAAAAUAUUGAAGAGACAAGUGUUGUCCCAAGAUCCCAAGGUUUUGAUGUUUAUGUUCCUCCUUUUGGUCAUGGAAAUCUGAGUGGUAAUGACAGAGACUCAAAUGUGACUCGAAAUAAAGUGAGGGAGACAUUGCGCCUUUUCCAAGCAGUUACUAGAAAGCUAUUACAGGAGGAUGAAGCACAUUCAAAAAACAAAGGGAACGCUCAUAGGAGGAUUGAUACAAUAGCAUCUCAGAUCCUUAAGGAGAAAGGGAAAUAUGUUAACACGGGGAAGCCAAUCUUGGGACCUGUCCCUGGGGUUGAAGUUGGUGAUGAAUUUCAGUACUGGGUGGAGCUUAAUAUGAUCGGUCUUCAUCGCCAGUCUCAGGGAGGCAUAGAUUCUGUAGUGCAUAAUGGUAAGAUCCUUGCAACUAGUGUGGUUUCAUCUAAAGGCUAUGCUGAUGAGUUGGGCAGUUCAGAUGUCUUGACUUAUACCGGGCAGGGGGGAAGUAUGUCAAAGAAUGGUAAAGAACCUGAAGAUCAGAAGCUUAAGAGGGGCAAUCUUGCUUUGAAGAACAGUGUCACAGAAAAGAAUCCUGUCAGGGUAAUACGUGGCUGUGUAUCAACAGAUGGAAAAUGUAGGAGAUAUGUUUAUGAUGGGCUAUAUGAAGUUGAGGCAUAUUGGCAGGAUAUGGGGCCACAUGGUAAGUUGGUUUAUAGGUUUCGGAUGCGAAGAAUCCCAGGUCAACCAGAACUUGCUUGGAAAGAAGUGAAAGAAUGCAAAAAAUUCAAAAAAAGGGGGGGUCUAUGUGUUGAGGACAUUUCUAAUGGGAAGGAGUCAAUUCCAAUAUGUGUUGUGAACACGAUAGAUGAUGAGAAACCCCCACCAUUUGAAUACACAACUAGAAUGAUAUACCCUAAUUGGUGCAAUCCCAUUCCUCCAGAGGGAUGUAGUUGUACAAAUGAAUGCUCUGACUCUGACAAAUGUUCUUGUGCGGUCAAAAAUGGGGGAGAGAUCCCAUACAAUCAUAAUGGGGCCAUUGUAGAAGCAAAGCCUCUUGUUUAUGAGUGUAGUGCUUCUUGCAAGUGUCCUUCAACAUGUCAUAACAGAGUCAGCCAACAUGGCAUAAAAUUUCAACUCGAAAUUUUUAAAACCAAGACAAGAGGGUGGGGUGUGAGAUCGCUAAAUUCCAUCCCUUCAGGAAGUUUUAUCUGUGAAUAUAUAGGAGAGCUUCUUGAAGAGAAGGAAGCAGAACAAAGAACUGGUAAUGAUGAAUAUCUGUUUGAUAUCGGGAAUCUCAUCAACAAUACUCUUUGGGAUGGACUUUCAAGCCUAAUACCUGAGGCACAGUCAAGUUCUUGUGAAAUUGUGGAAAAUAGUGGCUUCACCAUUGAUGCUGCCCAGUAUGGCAAUGUUGGGAGAUUUAUCAACCAUAGUUGCUCCCCUAAUCUUUAUGCUCAAAAUGUUCUUUAUGAUCAUGAUGACAAGAGAAUACCUCAUAUUAUGCUUUUUGCUGCUGAAAAUAUUCCUCCUCUGCAAGAGUUGUGUUAUGAUUAUAAUUACAUGAUAGAUCAAGUUUAUGAUUCUGAUGGCAAUAUAAAGAGGAAGGCUUGCUUUUGUGGUUCCGCAGAGUGUACUGGUAGGAUGUAUUGAGGCUUGCACAGGGGGUGAGCUCUAGAUUCUCGCCAAGGCCAAUUUCCUCCUCCACCCCCCACAUUGUGGUCAAGUGUGUGUGGAAUUCCUUCCACCAUUGCGUGGAUUGUUAAGCUUCUCCUGAAGCUCUAACUCUCUUGUAAGAAUCUCUCUUACAAGAACCUCUCUUGCCAGGUAUUCAACCAAGUUGUGAUACCAUUUAAUGCAUGGUAACAAUAAACCGAAUCACAGGAUACUUAAUUCAUUCACACCAAAAUACAGCACAUCCUCACCUGUUUAAAAUAGAUGCAUAGACAAAACGGCCUAACUGCUCUUAAUACUAAUUCCCUGUUACUCCUUAGAUUAAUUCCCAAACUACCCCUAAUUUCCGUGCAACAUCUCUCUGGGGAGGGAGGCAACAUUCUUGGAGUACCUAUAUCAGUCCCUCGAUAAUGCCACCUGUUUGCAAGAGUUUGUUUAAAUUCUAAAGAGUUAUUUGAUAGAAAAUUAGAGUUAUUAGGGUUGUCUAUCAUUUGGUGCACUGGAUGGAUGAGACUGCCUUGGGUUUAUUUGAUGGCAGCCUGCACCGACCUUGUUCACCCACUUAUUGUGUCUUUUCUUAGGUUAAACAGAAUGACUUAAAUCCUUGUUACAAGUUGGCUUGCUGCUUUGGUGAAUUUCUUCAAGAAAGUGUUCGAAAUUUAAUAAGAGAAGUUGUGCAUACAGACUAUGAAGUCUGGAGAUUCUGGAUGCUCUUCAUUGCCUCUUUCAUUUCUGGUAACACGCCGACAGAUCAACUCGAGAAAUGAGACUUAGUCGCUUACAAUGACCAUGAUAUGAUAAUGUUGAUUGUCACGUCGUUGUCUAUUUGGCCUCAAACUAUUCUUCAACUGUUAUUUCAGUAUUUCUUCCGUUUCAAGUCUGUUAGUUGUUUCCUUUUAUUUCUAUCUGGGUCUUUAUGAUACCUACUAUGGUACAUUUUGCUGCAUGAGGGAAGAGAAAGAUAGAGGUAAUUUUUUUAUUUUAUUAUUAUUGAAUAAUAAUAUUUGUUGAUGAUUUUUUAUAUUGGGACACGAGACAUUUGUCAUA